GGCCGGGGCAGGCUUCUCACCCGGCGGGAGUCGGGGCACCCUGGAAAUCUUGCUCGUGAUCUCAGCAGUGAGCACCGCGAAGUCCUGCUCAUAGCCCUCGAAAUCGGAAGACAUGGUCGCUCCGCAGCGACCGGCCGGGGCCGGAGCCUAGCUGGGGACAAGGGGCUGCGAAGGGCACAGGGCCGCGACUUGAGAACCCCCGGGGGGGAGGAACCCUGCAGAGCUGAGCGAAGAACCGGGGACAGCUCCCGGCCCCGCCGCUUCCUGGUUGUCCUUCGCAAUCGUUGUCCUCCGGAAACUGGGCUGCAGGCGUCUUGUACUUCCCACCUUCUCUUCGACAUGAAGACUUUCGCUAAGGGAAAACGUCCCAGAUCGUGUCCCCUGAAAACUCUACCCAAAACAGUCAGGGGUCACUGAAAACAUUUCUCCUGCUCUACGUGCUCGGAAACGGCUCGGCUUUCCAAAGCUACAAAAAAAAAAAAAAAAAAUUCACAGGAGACUGUUUCCCCGGAGGGGGGAAGCUUGAAGCGGCGAACCUCCCGGAAGUGGCUGUGGCGGAGCCUGCGCAGGGCGCGUGAGCGGGAGAGUCGCGGCGAGGGCCCUGGCGGAGAGACGCCCGGCUGCGAGCUCGCCCCGCACUCCGACCUCGGGCCCCCGGGAUUCCCUGCUUGCUCGGGACUGAAGGGCUCAUGACGCGGUUAGCCGGAGCGGAGGAAGUCUGUUGCGGGUGAGCCCUGGCCGUCCAGGAAAUGCGAUGGCCGAGGAGCAGGUACCAAAGUGCACACCGAGUUUGGGUCUCAAGCCAAAACUCUGGGGUGUUCUCAUUACGAUAAAGAGCUCUGAGUGUGGAUAGUGAAAAUGACACCUGCAUUCUCCUGUAACCUGAAGGCAUGACAAGUCAGGGACCCAUGUGGACUUCUGGCACAUGGGAAUGUGUGCACAGACCAAGGAGAUCUGUAACACCUUAGAAGCAAGAUGGCAAUCUUCUCCAGCAUGGGCACAUUCUGCUCUGUCAUCAAGUUUGAAAAUCUCCAAGAAUUAAAGAGACUUUGUCACUGGGGUCCCAUCAUAGCCCUUGGUGUGAUAGCAAUAUGUUCCACAAUGGCCAUGAUUGACUCUGUGUUGUGGUAUUGGCCCUUACAUACAACUGGAGGAAGUGUGAAUUUCAUCAUGUUAAUAAAUUGGACCGUGAUGAUUCUUUACAAUUACUUCAAUGCCAUGUUUGUGGGUCCUGGCUUUGUCCCUCUGGGAUGGAAACCGGAAAAUUCUCAAGACGGCAUGUAUCUCCAGUAUUGUAAAAUCUGCCAAGCAUACAAGGCACCACGUUCCCAUCACUGCAGGAAGUGCAAUAGAUGUGUGAUGAAGAUGGACCAUCACUGUCCCUGGAUCAACAACUGUUGUGGUUACCAAAACCAUGCUUCAUUCACACUGUUUCUCCUUUUAGCACCACUGGGUUGUAUUCAUGCUGCUUUCAUUUUUGUUAUGACUAUGUAUACACAGCUUUAUAAUCGGCUCUCCUUUGGGUGGAACACAGUCAAGAUUGACAUGAGUGCAGCCCGGAGAGAUCCUCUUCCCAUCAUCCCCUUUGGAUUAGCUGCAUUUGCUGCCACCUUGUUUGCCUUGGGAUUAGCUCUAGGAACAACCAUAGCUGUUGGGAUGCUCUUUUUUAUACAGAUGAAAAUAAUUCUCAGAAACAAAACUUCUAUUGAAUCAUGGAUUGAAGAGAAGGCUAAAGAUCGGAUUCAAUACUACCAGCUAGAUGAAGUUUUUAUUUUCCCCUAUGAUAUGGGAAGUAGAUGGAAGAACUUCAAACAGGUAUUUACAUGGUCAGGAGUCCCCGAAGGAGAUGGUUUGGAGUGGCCAAUAAGAGAAGGAUGUCACCAGUACAGCUUAACAAUAGAACAGCUGAAGCAAAAGGCAGAUAAGCGAGUCCGAAGUGUUCGCUAUAAGGUAAUAGAAGAUUACAGUGGUGCCUGCUGUCCUUUAAGUAGAGGACUCAAGACUUUCUUCACCAGCCCCUGCACUGAAGAGCCUCGGAUACAGCUGCAGAAAGGGGAGUUCAUUUUAGCCACACGAGGGCUGCGAUACUGGUUGUAUGGAGACAAAAUACUUGAUGAUUCCUUUAUAGAAGGUACUUCCAGAAUAAGAGGAUGGUUCCCUAGAAACUGUGUGGAAAAAUGCCCCUGCGAUGCCGAGACAGAUCCGGCCCCCGAGGGCGAGAAGAAGAACAGAUAGCCGCUGUUAAGUCACUCUUCAGUCCGCUUCCUUACUUGAAAACGGUAUACAUGACUAAGAAUUAUGCAGUGAGCCUACUCUGGUUGAGGUGUUCUCUUCCUCAAAGGUGCCCCAGUGCCAUGAUUUCAAUACUUUUAUUACCAUUUUGAAAUGGAGAAGCCAUUCUCUGCCUAUGCCUUUGACUGCCUGCCCCUCUUAACCACCUCUCCUCUUGAAAGAAAGAACACCUUAUCCAAGUGAGUGAACUCGCGCACCGUGGUCCUCACCUGCAGGUCUGCUUCCCCUUCACCAGGAGCAUCCGCCUGUGAUCCUCUUGUUUCCUCCUCAAUCGACGUUUCUUACGUCAUAGUCCAGAUGUUAUAGAACUUAAUUUGUCAGAUUCACUAUUAGCUCAGAUUUUGUUACUUGUCUUUUAAUAAUGCAGAUUUUGUCAAAUCAAAUAAAGAUUGAUGGACAUUAUGUAA